AUGUCCUUCGAAUCGCCUCUUCCGCCCUAUAAUGCCUCCGAUCCCACGGCCACCUUCCUCAAUGCCUCUUGUCUGGACCUCCUCCUUAUCGAACUCGUUCCUUUGGCCUACCGUACUGUACACGCACUAGAUGCGCCUUCUUCACCCUCAUCUUCCUCUCCCAAUCCAUCGGCGCCUCCAAAAAUGGAAGAAGAAGAAGAACGCGAACGAGUAUUUUUCCGUCUCGAAAGUCUCGGAUAUCGUGUUGGAUUGGGUCUCGUGGAGCGAUUUAGUAAAGAUCGACCUCGCUUUACAGAUACAUUGGAUGUUAUCAAGUUUCUGUGUAAGGAUUUGUGGAUGUUGGUUUUUAGGAAACAGAUUGAUAAUCUGAAAACGAACCAUAGGGGAGUCUACGUCCUGACAGACCAUUCAUUCCGGCCCUUUGCGCGCAUGAGUACAGAGCCAGGCGGAAAUGCAGUUAUACGCGCUCAACCUUUCCUAUACUUCCCCUGCGGCAUAAUUCGUGGAGCUCUCGCUUCAAUGGGUAUAAAUGCUACUGUUCAAGCGGAAACAACUGAAUUGCCGGGUGCUACAUUCCAGAUUAAGAGUAUUGUUAAUACUACCACGGGGAAAUGA